AUGGACGUCGAAACACCAAGGGACUUCGUGUCCCUGGAUCCAGAAUUGUUGCAGCUUCCAGAAGUCUCACCGUUGGCUCUGAAGGAGAGCCCUCGUAUCGCUGAGGAGCUGUACUCGCAGUGGCUUUCUCUCCCGGAUACUGUCCGAUUGGUACGCCUUUUAUUUUCCUUGGUUUCCUUCAAUCGUCUCUUUAUCCUUGGUUAGAUUUGUGAUCAUUUUAUUUUCCUUGGCUUCCUUCAUUUGUAUCUAUAAUAUAUCCUUUGUUUUGUAUUAUAUAAUUAAUACUCUGGUGAAUUCCAAUUGAGUCUCAUGAUUUGAAAUGAAUAUUAUUCCUUGAUUCUUUAUGCCUCAUGAGUCUCAGUUGAGUCUCAUGUCUACCCCGUUCACUUUAAGAUAGAAACUAAAAAUCAAGGGAAUGCUAUCGAAUCACAUUUUUGACGGUCUGAUGGUGUGUACCAUCUCAACAAAAUGAUUUACUGGCCAAUAAAAUUAUGAAUAUAUGUGGAGCCUUGAAAAGAAAAUGGAAUAACUAUUCCUGCUCAUUUGAGGCUGUGAGGUGAUGUAAUUCUCAAAGUGACGGGAGUAAUGCUAUUUUUUCCCCUGUUGUGCUAUUUUUUUUCACUGAAUAUUUUAAAUAAACAGCGCGUUUAUGAUACCUAUGCGUUGAAUAGUCUACAAAGUAGUACUGCGGGGUAGUUUAUUGGGUGUUUAAACAAGAAUGCGCAAAAGAUACAUAUCUUCAUCACAUUGUCGCUACCCUGGCCCCUUUUUCUUUUUAAGAACCGUUUAUGUAAUCUUAUUUGAUAUCUUUUUUUUUGGCACAUCCUAUCUGGCUCCUCUAAGAGGAUUUCCAUGCUUUCUCAUGACCAUUUAUGAGUGGUAGGUAAUCUGAAGAACAGAGAAUAUUUGUCACUUGCCUGUUUCAUUUAGCAAUGCUGAUAGCUUAAAAGACAAAAGGUGAUUUGACAAGUUUUUAAGUUUAUUUUGCUGAAAUUUUUCCUGGAAUCUAUCUAGUUCUGAUGUGGAGAAAUUGACAUCUAAAUGUCCAUCAAAUUCAUGACUUCGCAUUCCAUUGGAGUUUUUCUACCUGAAGUACCGAAUAUGAUUCAGUCGCAAUCGAAGUACAGACCCACCUUAUCUUACAGAUUAUUUUGGUAGCAAUUCUGGUGUCUGGCAUGAAAGUUGCUCAACCGUUGAAUUUUCUAAAAUUUUCGGUUUUCCAAUUAUAUGAUGUUGAUUCAUUCAGUUUAAAAUUGCAUCAAGACGCAGUUUUAAUGCAGAAGUUCUUGCUAGUAAUCAAUAUUGGGUGUUCUGAAUAAUUUUCCUUUGAGAUACCAAGGGCGCUUUAUUGGUCAAGCAAAAUUGCGCGUGAACUGUUGACAACAAUACGUUGAGUACACAUCGGUCAGACAUCAAUGUGUUGUACUAUUUUUGUAUAAUUAUUCAUACUCAUUACUGAUUGACCCGAGCUAUUGUGAGGCUGUGUUUCUGCAGCACAAACGACUACCAGUGCUAUAUUACAGCCUAGUGUUCAUGAAUAGUUGAAAGUGUCCCAUUUAAACUAAAGUUGCAUUGAUAAAUCAAAUAUAUCAUAAGGUUCAUAAUGUGGAUUGCGAAAUUCAUCAGUAGGCGUUUAUUUAAAUGAGGACAUCUGUAGAUUGUGUACAUGCAUUUUUUAGAAUUGUUAUACUAUAUGUAAGAGCCAAAUUUUCCUGAUUAUGUUUCGCCGUAUUCAUCUCUGUCGUUUUUCUUCAUGUCUAAAUGGCAUUGUCCAGGAAUCCCAACAGCAUAUUUUUAUUCGCAAUCAUAUCUCAAAACUGCUGUAUGAAUGCAGGUAAAAUCUUUGAUUGAUGAUGCAAAGGCAGGGGUACCAUUGAAUGUUCCUGGAAACUCAUCCAGUCCAAAUGCAGCAGCAACUAAUUCGCUUCCUUCUAUGUUCCCUGCGGGAAGUGCUCCGCCACUUUCGCCAAGAAGUUCCUCUGGUUCUCCACGAACUGUGAAGCGCAGUGCUACUAGUCUUUCUUCCCUGAGUUCUCCACUAAAAGUAGUCAGUACACCGGCGAAGGAAUAUAUACCUCAGGAAAUUAUCUUUUUUUUAAUUAUUUCAUUUUCGUUAAAAUACUUUCACUAGUGGUUCUAAUUUAAUUCUUGGAAAAUCGGUGCAGUUUUACUUUCAGAACGGGCGUCCCCCACCGUAUGAAUUAAAAGAGCAAUGCUUAUCCAAAAUUGAUCAACUUUUCUUUGGCCACAUGGAUGGGCUACGAUUAGAUGGUGAUAAUAUAUUAUUGCAUUAUUGAUACUUGUCUUCUGUGCUGAAGUUUAUGGGAUACUACUGACCUUUCCUUUCUACAAUAUCAGAGUUUAAGGAAGUUACCAAGGAAAUUUGCAAACUGCCGUCGUUUUUCUCUGGGACUCUUUUCAGACGGAUUGAUGUUGAGUGCACGGGAAUUGUGACACAGUAUGCUCUCUUUUUGCUUGUUUUAUCUAAUGAAUAGAAACAAGACUGAUGAGUUUGGUUCCUGUCUGUUUGAAUUUUUUUCGUAUAAAAUACCCUUAAGGAUUUUUUUUUUUGAAAGGGAUGAAAUCAUGUGUUAUAUUUGUAUUUGAUUCCAUUCUUUUUAUUUUUAAAAUUUUUAUGUUCAUUAAGGGAGUAAGGUCUUUCUGCCUAAUGGAUGCUUUUGGCUGUCUUUUUAGCAGAUGGUUCUUAUCUGGUAUUGAACUUGAAUAUAUGUCUCUUUGCCAUUUGCCAAAGAUGUUUUUUCUUCAUCGCGAAAACUAGUGUCAACGUGUUGGAUUUAAACGAGGGAAAUAGUAAAGCGUCUCGUUUUAAUAAAUAUCAUCUCUGCUGACGUCUUUCCUCACAAAAUAGGUUUUAGAACUUUUGCAUGGAACUUUUUACUUUAAUAAUUUAAUUAGUAAUAAAUACAUUUUUAAUCUGGAUUGUGCAUGAUCAUUGCUUUUACAAAACAAAGUUGAUUAGUCGUUAAUGUUUACCAUAGUCUUGAGCUUGCUCCGUGGAUUUCUGAUUAGAUGCAAGUUGAACACCAUAAGUUGCUGCUGGUCAAUUUUUUAUGGUGGUUGAAUGACCCAUUCUAUCUUGAUGGAUAUUCUUGUUUUUUUACUGUUGCUGCUCGUUCUGAACAUGUUAUAAUUUGUCUGUAUUCCAGGGAUGCAUUUGUUAACUAUUGGUUUAACAGCAACAUGCUGUCAGUGGAUAUAGCUAAGCGAAUAUUUAGCAUUUUGAAGCAACCUGAUCAAAACUACCUAACUCAGGUUGUUUUAUCUCUGAAGCAGCGUUACAAGAGAUUGACUCUUGUUUUUAUUUUCUGGCUAGUACUUAUUUUUGUCAUUUUUUAAAUAAGUGGGUUGAGUAUCAUUGAUUAUCCUGAUUUCUUAUUCGCCAAUUUUUUCAUUGAACGUUAUUACAGGAGGAUUUCAAACCUAUGCUUCGAGAACUUUUGGCAACACACCCAGGCUUGGAGUUUCUGCAGAGCACACCUGAGUUUCAAGAAAGAUAUGGUAUACUUGAACCUUCGGAUUAUCCUGUAUCAUUUUUCAUUUUAUAGCGCCUAAAACUAUUCCGUUACCUUUUGAACCUUCGGUCUCUUUACUUCUUCAUGGUUUUAUAUGAUGCUUUUUUAACAAGUUCAUCUGGUUUCCCUCUCCUGACCGAUCGUGUGCUCUGCUUUCCAUGGAUUCUAAUUUAGAAAAGGGAGAAGACCUGACAUGUGUAAAUUACAUAAUAUCUUUUUUCUGUCGACGUUUAUGGAAAGCAAAAUCAAAAGAAAUCAGUUGUGUGGAAUGACGCUGAAGGCUUAUUUUAUUUCCUUCUCAAAUUUAAUGCAUACACUUCAGAUUAUUAAAUGAAGAUUACAAUCACAUAUCUUCUGCAUUUUUAUGUUGAUGCUGCUUCUAGAGAACCUCAGGAAACUUCAUCAUCCCUCAGUUUUUCUUGAUCAUCAGGGAAUGCUAAAUGCGAGUGUGUAAAUGCUUAAACCAGAUUUUUCAAAGUUAUCGAGUCUUCCAAUUACUUUUGUUGCCAUUUCUAAGAUGUUUCAUUAUUAAAAUGGAGUAGACUUCUUAAGCCUUUCAUCGUGACAGAUCUUUGUGCUGGGAGGAUUUUUGGCAUGUGAUGAGCCUACGAUGUGUAGUCAUUUGUCUUUCAAAGACUGGGCUCCUUCAAUAGGCCAUAUGCUGACAUCUAUAGGGAUUAUUUGAUGUGUGAUGAGUCCACAUUAUAGCCAUUAACUUCACCAAUAAGUUUUCCUUGGUCGCCAGCCUGGGUUCAUGAACCACUUCCCCACUACUUGAUAACAUGCCAUCAAUUUUCAUAAUUUUCUUGGAUGUUUUUUGGCUCAUCUGCUUCAGUAGCCUGUGUUCCAUGAAUCAUUUCCCCUUUAUUGGAAAGUUUGGGAGACGUGAAAAUAGACAAAUUAACUUUUUUCGAAAUGAAGUCAAAUUAACCUUUUGGAUAGUCCCACGAACGCUAUAAAAUGAAGCCUCAUUCUUCCUCAGGAGAGAAAAUGUGGGAUAAGAAAGCCAUGGCUACGCCCAAGAACGAAGUAAGAAGGAAUGACUAGAAAUUAACAACAGUAGGAGAGCAUCAGAUGGCCCGAAUGGAGACGACUGGGGCAAAAAUAAAAUUUUAGGACGGGGCCCAUGAGGAAAGGGUAGAAGACCGGCUGUGAUAGAGGAGACCAAUUACGGAGUGAAUACCUUAGGGAACAACCUAGGAAAUGUUGAUUGUGACGGAAGUACUGGCAGUGAGGAAGUGGUAGCAGGCAGGAGAAGCGAUUCACAUCUUCACCUACAGUUAACAAUUUGGAGGAUGUCAGUGAGAACAUAUGGGAGAACCCUCAUCAGAGAUAGCCUGGCUAUAGUACCUUGCAAAACUGAACUGGUCAACGAUUCUGGUGCAACUUCAUCUUUCAAUUAUAAGAGAAUGUUUCAAAACAACCGAAGAGUGUUUAAUGAAUCUCAAAUGGAAUCUGUAAUUGAAGUAACUCCUAAUGGGCUUUGGAAGCGUGAAGCCCAAUUAUUUGAAGCCUAGUCCAAUUAUAUAACGUGUAGUGGAAAUAAGUAUGAGGGAAUCCUCCUUGGUGGAGGGUGCUACAUGGCAGCCUGCUGAUGUGGUACCUUUUAUGACUACUCAUUAAUUAUGUGGCCUAAUCUAUAAUGUUAUCCCUCCAAUAUGAAUUUACUUGGCAGAAUGCUAUUCGAUUCCACUCCACUUUGUGAGUUUGUCGUAGAUGCGAACUUGGUCUAUUCUUUACCAGCGUCAAAGGAAGAGCUAUUUAUAUCAUAGUUUCAUUCGUGGAAUGAUUUUCCUAGCUGACACUAUUUUCUCCUUGUGCUGGGAUGUCUUCUUUCUUUACCAUGGAUGCAACAUGUAGGUUUGGUGGUAAUGCUGUCAGAUGUGAGUUUAAUUCAUCAUCUCAUCUGCAGCUGCUAUGCAUCAGGAUAGUAUGUCUGAUCCUAUUAACUUCUUUUAACAUGUUUUCCAUUUCUAAUGAUUCCCUGUCCGAUCGGAACCCAGCUUUUAGUUUCAUUUUUCACUCUAUGUGGACUGUCAAAUUCAAGGCAGAAUAACUGUUACCGCUAUUCUGUAUUUAUUUGAUGUUUAUUGGAUAAACACGUGUUUUUGGAUCGGGUCAGAAAAAAUCGAAGGAUAUUUAGAUGUGCAUCAGAUUUGAUUUGACCAACAACAGACGAUGUUAAUAAUUCGAAACAGAUAUCUCCUAUAAGGAAAGCACUAAAUUUUCACACAGUUUUAUUUUAUUCCCCUGGCCCAGAUAAUACCUGGCUGGGCCAUGAUUCUUUGUUUCCUAUUAAUAAUUCAUAAACAAUUGAAUUAUAUCAUUCGCAUUGUUCAGAAUAUAGUUUGUAGAAUCCUGAUUGUCAACUUAUGAACUCUUAGGCCGCGACAAGUUUUUUUUUUUUCUCUUGUAUCCUUUUUUUUUCCCCCUUUAUUUCUACCUCUUGUGCAAGAUUGUACUCGGAAUGGUUUGUCACGGCUUCAUCUUUUUUUAUGCACUGUUCUUCCUUUUUGGAGCGUACAAUUCUUUUGAAUGGCUUGCAUCACUAUUAUACCCAUUUGAUCUUACUGACUCAUGAAAACUGUUGUCCUGGGUGCAGCGGAGACAGUUAUCUAUCGAAUAUUUUACUACAUGAAUAGAUCGGGGACUGGCCAUCUUACCCUCAGGGAGCUGAAACGUGGAAAUCUGAUUGCUGCAAUGCAUCACGCAGAUGAGGAAGAUGACAUCAACAAAGUGUUGAGGUUGGUCUGCCGUGAAAAUUGAAGUCCAGAAUAGAUUUUCAAUAUUUUGAAACGGACAUAAAUUAAUGAAAGUAGAUGUUAGAAGAGGCAAGGCGUCUCUUAUUAUUGCAUUUUCCUCGGAAAACGAAGCAACCAUCAUUAUUUUAUCGUUACGGUAAUGGCUAAUUUCGAAGUCAGAUUCACCUGUUCCCAAUCGGGUAGGGACGCAUUACUAGUUUUCAGAUACUCAAUUUUUAAACGGAACUACAAGAAUAUCAAGAAAAAAAUUGUGUUAUAGCAUCCAUUUAUCGCACUAAUUUUACGUCCGGAGCAAUUGUUCCUAAGAAUGGGGAUAAAAACUUCUUUCUUGGAUUGUUCUUAUGCCAUGGUCUUCUGUAGUGGAUGGAUCCCCGACAUCAGCCGGAAAUCUGGGGAAGGCGGCAUCUGAGAAUGUUGGUAGUUGGUGCCUAUAACUGGAGGCGGCUGCAAGAAAAAAUGUUUUUCUUGUUCUUCUUUAUCCUUUGCAAGAAGGAGCCGGGUGUAGUUUUGCCAUAUUUCUCUCACUAGUAGCCGAUGAAUCUGCGAAUCAGUAAAUCUUGGAUUAUUACUUUUUCUUUUCUCAUUUUCAAUGGGGAGAUCAGAUUCUCCCCUUGGACUUAGCUUGAGCAACCCUAUUCCGAUCCGUCUCACUGUGAAAAAAUUGGAUUGCGAGUCCCCUUGUUAUUGGAUAGUUACUUAUGAGUGUCUUUGUAAGCUGUCGGAUUGCUCCUUGUCUGACUGUAGUUUUGGUUACAUAUAUUUUAAACGUCAUAAGAACUGUUAAUUGCGUAUCCACGGGCAGAUUUUUAGUUUCAUAAAAUGGUCAAAUCAUUGAAACCCCCUUCACAAGGUCCCAGGAUCUUAGGCAGGGGGAUCAUGUAUCGCCUUUUAUCUUCCUCGUAAAAAUAGAAAAGCAGCGAAAAAUCAGAGAAAGCAAAGUUUUCUGGUGUCUGGGUUGGAAGAGGAAGGUUAUGGAAACAUAUAGCUCAACUAUCCUUAUCUGCAGACGAAAAUUCUUUUCAUUGUUGGUAUGAACCUAAGUUUUUUAGAGUUCGGUAAGUGUAUCAGGUCUGAAUUAUAUUUCCAAACUUGAAGUUAGUUUUCUAGUGUGCAGUAUACUGUAUUUAAUUCCUACUAGACAUCUAGGAUGUUUUUUGUAUCACUUCAACGCAAGUUUGAGUGACGUCAUUUCAUGCAUUGGAUGGUAGAACGCUAAGCACUCUCUAUGGAGUUGUACUCUCUACAUCAGUGUCAUGGAACAAAGCUACUCCUUUUUAAAAUUUUAAGCUUCAUAAGGGGAUUUUAAACAGAAUUGUAGCUGUUGGAUGUCCUUUUUUUCUCAAAAAGCUGACACACAAUGACAAGUUUUCAUUCUGUUAACUGAGAUAGAGUCCGGAAGUGUAAGGUUUGUAGUGACACCAUCGGUAAAUCCCAGCUUGUUCAGCAGAGAUAUGGGCAUUGACCGUCCCAUGGUCUCGAUUAUGUGGCAUUUAAUAUUCAGCGAGCAAAAAUAAACAUGUUAUACGCCAUAUUGCCUAGCACGCAAUAUUAAGAAAGAUGAAUGUUUUCGGAUUCAAAUCUGGAACGAUGUUGCGUGCAUAUAUCUUGGGCUAAUCAUCUUCAGUAUAUUUAUGUUUCAUCGUCAACAUGUUAUCGCUUAACCGUGCUUGAUUUUCUGCAGAUACUUUUCUUAUGAGCAUUUCUAUGUGAUAUACUGCAAAUUUUGGGAGCUUGAUACAGAUCACGAUUUCCUGAUUGACAAAGAAAACCUGAUCAGAUAUAGCAGCCAUGCUCUUACCUACAGAAUUGUGGAUAGGAUUUUUUCACAGGUUUGACAGACCGAUAUCUUUUCUGCUUGAUCUUCCUUUUUUAUUUUAAUUAUCCGUGUAGCUUCGAACCUGCUGACCAUACGCAUUUUAUUGACGCUUAGGUUCCAAGGAAAUUUACCAGUAGAGUUGAAGGGAAGAUGGGCUACGAAGAUUUCGUCUACUUUAUUCUGUCUGAAGAGGAUAAAUCGUCAGAACCUAGCCUUGAAUAUUGGUAAAUGCCGUAUUCUAACAUUGGAGUUAGAGUUCAAAUACCCUUCAUUCUGUAUUGUGAAGCUUAUUGUGCUUAGAACACUAUAAUGGACGAAAACUCUUUUGUUAUACAUGUUCAUUGAUAUACUAUAAGUUUGCAGGGAACAUUAUUACAUGAGAAAUGAACAUUUCUUCAUUAAUAUCGUUCUGGAAUGUCAUUAUCCUUUCAGUGAAAAAAUGAAAGAAUAUUCGGUCACGGCACUCACAGUUCAAGAUAAUCGUUGGCUGUUGUCACUGCUACGCACCACUCACUCUUUACCAUGAUUUUUUGUCCUCCACUGACAUUCCUGGAGAAAAACUGACCGUAAUGGGGUGGGUAAAUGGAUAGAUUUGUUUGUUUAAAAGCUCCGGAUGUUUUUCUUCAUUGCAUUAUUUCUUUUUUACCUUAAUUGAAACAGUGUGUUUAUUUGUCUAUUUUUACUGAAUCAUUAGCCUUCUUUAAAUUUUCUGAUAUACAGGAUCCUGCUGGUAUCCAAUUUGUUUCUCUUACUUAUGAUGUGAAUGCUUAAAAGGAUGCACAUUUAUUUCAGUAGUACUAUCUUAUUCCCUUUCUGAAAUUAGCUGACAGUUCUGGUCGUAUCACCUCUAUAUUUUCUUGAUUAAAGAAGCUUCAUUCCAGCUUCAAUGAAAUGAAAAGAAGCUGCGUGACCUUUAGAUUUUCAAGAUGGACAAGAAGAUGCGUACCUUGGCUUCUAACUUAAUUGGGCCUUAGCGUUGUGCUAGAUUUUGGUUGCAGAGACAGGCCUAUACCCAAAUACAUUUGUAGACCUUGGUGUUUGCGAUGUCUGAAACUUGUGCAUCAUUCUUGUGCAGAAGAAAUUUUAUCUGUCGAUUUUUUCUUACGUAUAUUGCUUUAUCUUUUUGUCGAAACUCUCUAAACACCGCCACAUGGGCAAAAAACCAAAAGAAAGAAAAUGCAUUUCUUACGUAAUGCAUUCAUUUUUGCAGGUUCAGGUGUAUAGAUUUGGAUGGUAAUGGAGUGCUUACACCCAACGAAAUGCAAUUCUUUUACGAAGAACAGUUGCAUCGAAUGGAGUGCAUGGCCCAGGAACCUGUUCAAUUCGAGGAUAUCUUGUGCCAGAUGGUUGACAUGAUUGGGCCUGAGGUCCGGUCGAAUCAUUGAUUAUUCAUCUUUAGAUAGAGAAAUUUUUUUUCUGCAUUUUGCUGAUUUUUUUACAUUGACCUUCAGAACGAGGGUUUUCUUACCCUGCGCGACUUGAAAAGCAGCAAACUCUCUGGAAACGUUUUCAAUAUCCUUUUCAACCUCAACAAGUUUAUGGCUUUUGAGACUCGGGACCCGUUUCUCAUCCGUCAGGUGGGAAACCCACCCUGGGAUAUCAUUUCCCUCUUGUUCACGAGGGCUUUUGAGCUUUUGCCAGAGCUUAUCCCAAAAGGAUUUGAUUCUCAGAUGCGCUCUAAUACCCAUCAUUUUCUGUUUUGACUGGUGCAGGAGCGUGAAAAUCCAACGCUGACUGAGUGGGACCGCUUUGCUCACAGAGAAUACAUUCGGCUCUCUAUGGAGGAAGAUGGUGAAGAUGCCUCUAACGGAAGCGGGGAUGUUUGGGAUGAAUCACUUGAGGCUCCUUUUUGA